AUGGAUAGUAAUAAUAAUUUGUCAUAUCAACGUAUUCUUAUUGAAAUCGAAAGUUUGACCGAAGAAUCAAUCCAAUUGGUUUAUGAUAUUUUUCUCAAAGGAUUAAACAAAUGUACUCAAGAAAGUAGUCGAAUAUAUUUUAUUCACUUGAUGAGUGAUAGUUUAAUUAAAAGAUCAGAUAAUUUGUUAACGGAUACAAUAAUACUAAAUCAUGGUUUAUACAUUUAUUUUCAAUUAUACUUAUCCAAUCUAUUAAAAUUGUUGCAUGAUGAAAAGAAAUUGAAUACACAAAACAAAGAACCAUUUCAAAGUGUUACAAGACUCUUAACAAAAAUAAUUAGAGCAGCAAGUAAAAAUGAUGAAAAAGUAUAUGCAUUAAAAACAUGGUUAUUGAACAAAACAUUUAUGACCCUUUUAAACUAUUGCAUUGAGGAUGUAUCAGCAGAUGAUUAUUACAUGUACGGUGAUUCGACUCUACCGAGUCUUGGAUUGUUGAUUGAUGCAUUUCAGCUAUUUCAAAGUGGUAGAGAAGAUAUUACCGAUGAACCAAAUUUAAUGAUUCUAUUAGGAUCGGUGAUAAAAUGUCUAACAUCAGAUGAUUAUUUAAUCACAUUUAAACAAAUUAAAAUGGAUGAAACAGAAUUUACAAAAAACGAAAAAUUUUUGUUUGUAACAUGUCCUUUAUAUCUAAUUGGCUAUGUAGGAAAACAACAGGAAACAUUAUAUUAUUCAAUGUUGAAUAGAAUGAUUGAACAGUAUAACGUACUAUUUGAUAUAUUCGUACCAUAUGCAAAAUGUUGGAAACAAAAACAUAUGUUAGCUCUAAAAUAUAUCAUCGAUAUAUUAAAUGUUGCAAUUAAAUUUGAAUCUUGUAGAUUACUUAUUUGUGAAAGAUUUUCAAAAAUCAUCAUUCAUAUAAUGAAUAUACUGAGUGAGCCCAAUUUAUUGAAAAUUAGAUUAACAGAUAAUCCAGAAAAAGAACUAAUCUUAUCAUCUAUUCAUGUUUUAUUAAAUUUAAUACAUGAAGAAAAAAUUCUAACAAUAGUAAAAGAUAAAAAGUCAAUACAAAGUAUUAUUAAAUUAACAAAUUUAAAAAAUCAUCAUAUACAAUUUGCUGCGUACCGCAUAUUAGCAAAUAUAAUGGACGACAAAAAUCUUAAUGAAACAUUGGUUCAUUCAAACAAACUAAAAACAUUCUUUAUUGAUCCGUUACAAGAAGCACUCAACCAAGAGUGUAAAUCAAAUGAGUUUAUUAGCUCAUUAUUAUUAACUUUGAAAGAACUUAUACAACAUAAGGUUAUCGAACAGGAACUUGUAGAACAAAAUGGUUUAACAGUAUUAGCUAUGUGUAUCAAUGAAGAUAAUCCAUUGAUUUUACGAAUAUCUCUUGACAUCUUAUCUAAAAUAAUUACUACUAAUCAACAAGCAGCUCAAAUACUGAUGCAAAAUGAUACAUUUGUGGCACAAUUAAAAUCAUUAAUAACGUCGUCAUAUGACGAUGACAUAAUUCGCAAAAUGGCUCGAUUGAUCUGUACAAAUCUGGGAAAAGACGAGUUAAGAAAAUCAUCAAAAGACUGGUCGACUGCUAAUGUCAUGGCUGUUAAACAAUUUUUUCAGCGACGACAACCAAAACGACAUGAAGAUCUGAUCAAUAUAGCGUCAACAGAGGCAAAUACAAUAUCAGAUUUUGUGCCAAACACUGAACGUAACGCUGCUCGGAGACCACCAAGUAAAUCGGUGUUAUAUCGUCAACAAGUCGAGGAGACAAGUGUAUACAUAGGAGAAGGAGAUAAAUCAUUUGCUACUACUAACACUACCGUAGUUCGGAAUUCUAAACGAUCCUAUGUGAACGAUAUAAUGAUUAGCUACUCUCAUAAAGAUCAACAAUUGUGUCAUCAAAUAUAUGAUCAAUUAAUUAAACACAACUUUCGGGUAUGGAUAGAUAAACAGAAUAUGCAUGUCGGAGUUUUACAAUCAAUGAGUUCGGCAGUAGAAAAUUCAGAAAUUGUUCUUCUCUGUAUGUCUGAUGCAUACGUAGAAAGUCCAAGCUGUGAACAAGAGGCAAAUUAUGCUUGGCAGUUAAAACGUCAUUUAAUACCAUUGAAAGUAAAGACAAAAUUUAAAGCAGAUGGCUGGCUGGGUAUUUUGAUCUCGGGCAAGAUCUAUAUCGAUUUUACGAAAACAUCCUUCGAUGAUGCUUUUACAAAAUUAUUAGACGAAAUUCAACAUCAUCAACAAAAAGAAUUAUUUACAUUAAAUAUUGCUACAAAUUCAAGUGUGAAUGUUGAACAGCAAAUCACGGAAAGAUCUUUUACUUCUUACACUGAUAAAAAUAUUGAAUGUUGGACAAAAGAGGAUGUCUCUAAUUUUUUCAAAGAUGAACCUCUUCAUAUUAUGAAACCCCUUUUUGAGAAUAUGGAUGGACAAGCAUUGAUAGAAUUCUACAACAAUUAUGAAAAUGGUUUUGAAGAGACAUCCUACCAGUCAUUAUGUACUCAGUUAUACCAGCAACCUUACGGUGUUCAAUUACCUGUCAACAGCUACUACAUCUUUCUUGGUAAACUAAAACGGUAUAUACCUGUUGAACCUAUAAUACAUACGUCCUCACUACCACCACGGCAAAGAAUAACGUUUAGAGAUAAAAAUCGCGGUUCCAGUUCCUCAUAUGGAACCGAAACAAAAGAAAUUGCGGUUCUCAGCUUAGAACCAGAAAAUAAUGUUUCAGGCAGUAACAAUUCAACAAAAUCGAAUUGA